AGAGAGAAGGGAGAGGAAGAAGGGAAAGAUAGAGAGAGGGAGGGCAGGGGAGAGAGGAGAGAAGGGAAAGGGAGGGGAAUGAUGGCGUCGGGUGGAGGUGGACGGGCGGAGAAGGUGCGGCGGAUCUUCGAGCGGUUCGACGCGAACAGGGACGGGGGAUUGAACAGGGAGGAGAUGGCGGCGCUGGUGGUGGCCGUCAACCCCCGCGUCAAGUUCAGCGACGAGCAGAUCUCCGCCAUCCUCGACGAGGUCUUCCGCACCUACGCGGAAUUCAUCCGCCCGGACUCCGGCCUCUCCCUCGACGGCCUCCUCCGCACGUACGACGACGGCGCCGGCGACGUCGACCGCGACUUCGACGCCCUCUCCCUCCGCCUAGAUCCUGAAGCCGCCGCUCCCCCCGAGCCCUCGGCCGCCCGUGCCGGUCAGGCCACCGCCGCCUCCUCGUCCUCCGUCCUCCUCGACGACCGCCUGCUCCCCGAUGACAGGCACGCUCCGCCCCCUCCGCGCGCCGCCGCCGCUCCCUGGGCCGCCUCCCCCAACCACGGCGUCGUCUUCGACUCCUCCUGGGCGCUCCUCGACGACCUCGAGAUCCUUGUCAAGCGCCUCCGCUCCAAGCACCUCCCGAAGGCUGCCACCGCCGCCGCCACCUUCGACGGUGGCAGCAACAACAAUAACAACAACAACUUCGACUCCUUCUCCGAGGCCGGGUGGUCCCGCGAGAUGGGCCCGUCCGACCCGACGUCUUCCGCCGACCGCCGGUUUGCCUGGGAUGAGACCGGCCGCGACUACCUCACCUUCUUGAAGGAACUCGCCGUCCUCCGCGGCCGCGCCGACGGUGCACGCUCCCGCGAGGAGGCCUUCGACAACCACAUGGUGAUAGGCCGCGCUCUCUAUGAGCACCGCCUCUUCCGUGACGCCCUCAUCAGCUUCCGCCGAGCCUGCGAGCUCCAGCCCACCGGCGUGCGCCCCCACUUCCGCGCCGGCAACUCCCUCUACGCCCUUGGCCGCCAUGCCGAGGCCAAAGAGGAGUUUCUGCUCGCUCUCGAGGCUGCGGAGGCCGGGGGGUCGCAGUCGGCUGACAUCCUACCGCAGAUCCACGUCAAUCUCGGCAUCGCCAUGGAAGGAGAAGGAAUGAUCUUGGGCGCUUGCGAGCACUACCGCGAGGCGGCCAUCCUCUCCUCCACUCACUUCCGCUCCCUCAAGCUCCUGGGCAGUGCCCUCUUCGGGGUUGGCGAGUACCGAGCUGCCGAGAAGGCGUUGGAGGAGGCGGUCUUCCUCCGGCCGGACUACGCUGACGCCCAUUGCGAUCUUGGGUCGACGCUCCAUGCGUUGGGGGAGGACGAGCGGGCCAUCCAGGAAUUCCAGAAAGUGAUCGACUUGAAGCCCAGGCACGUCGAUGCUCUUUACAACCUCGGUGGUUUGUAUAUGGACAUGGGCCGGUUUGCUAGGGCAGCAGAGAUGUACACCCGGGUAUUAGGCUUCCGGCCAAACCACUGGCGGGCACAGCUGAACAAGGCGGUGGCUUUAUUGGGCCAAGGGGAAUCCGACGAGGGGAAGAGGGCGCUCAAGGAGGCCUUUAAGAUGAGCCAGAGGGUAGAAUUGUAUGACGCUAUCGUUCACCUUAAGACCCUGCAGAAGAAGAAGAAGCAGAAGCCGUCUAAAGAGAGUGGCACUGAUGGGGAGGGGACUUUUCUUAUAGUUGAACCGUCCAAGUUCAAAAGGGUGGGCCAAAAGACCACAUUGAGGCAGGAUUUAGCAAAUGCCCUCGACAUCAGGGCCUUCCAGAGGCUCACAAGACUCGGCCGUUGUGAUGUGGAGCUCCUCAGGAAAGAAAUGAGCGAGACCGACGUUCCCAUAUCCUACUCUGGGACGGGAGUCCCUGAGAAGUCGAUCCGUAAAGCUCCUUUGGAGGUUAUUCUUCGAAGGCUUCUUCGCUCCCUUAAGCCUGAUACCUUCCAAGGAGCCAUAAAAGCGAUCAAUGAAAGGGUUCUCUCUGUCUUGGAUGCCUCCGGCUCGGGUCGGGUGGAUCUUGGUAUGUUCUUUGCUGUCAUCGCCCCCAUUUGCCAUGGUUCUACUGAUCGACGUAAGCGGGUGGUCUAUGAUGCACUUCUAUGGCGGCCAACUAACGAGAGCGGGGCAGCACAAAUCAGGAGGGCCGAUGCCCUAGCAUAUAUCAAGAUACUGCGUGCAGUUUAUAUCCCUUCACACGGUGUUAGUGAUAUGAUGGAAAUGCACGGAGAAUCUGAUCCUUCGCUUGUCUCGUAUGCUGAGUUUCUUGAAAUGUUCAAUGAUCCGGAUUGGGGUUUUGGGAUAUUAGGCACGUUGGUUAAGCUCGAAGAUGGUGAUCGCAUUCGUCAUGGUCGUCAUACAUGUUCAAUAUGCCGAUAUCCGAUUAUUGGGUCAAGAUUCAAGGAGACAAAGCAACGGUUUAGCUUGUGUAACCGUUGCUACAGCGAAGGGAAGGUGCCAUUGGGUUUCAAGCAGGAGGAGUAUAGAUUCAAGGAGUAUGGAAGUGAAUCCGAAGCUAUCAAGGACAAGUGCACGUGCUUUAGUUUGCAGUCCAAGAGCUCCGAAGGUGAUCCUUGACUAGCUAAAGCAUUUAUAUCUUUGUGUUCUUCAUAGAUAAGUUAUGCGUGUGCUUAUUUUGUACCAUUAUGUGAACAUCUGAUCUGCUGUUUCUGUAAACUAAAUGUCUGCUUAGGUAGGUCCUUUUCCCCCUCGUUUUUUUUUUUUUUUUUUUUUUUUUUUUUAACUCUGUUUAGUGGACACCUGUAGUUAUUCGUUGAUUAGCUUAAGCAAGUCACCUACUGCUGUUUGUUACAGUACUUUGUUACAUAUCUUUGGAAAGUCCUAUAAAUAUGUGUGUGAUUUUUAAAGUACAAGUAAA